AGAGUAGACCCAUAGACCUAAUAUUAGUUCUACUCUGUUAUCUGUGUAUUAGGUCUAUGAGUAGACCACAGAUUACGGAUAAUCUGUGGAGUAGACCCUACUUUACUGACUCAACAAGUGUCAGUCCAUUUCCAUUAUGAUUUUGUUUGUUUAUCAUUUCGGUAAUAUGUAGGUCAGUUUUGUACAUGUUUCAAUCCUGAUUUGGUAUUACUAAGUGUGCUCGGAUUUGCUAGCUGACCAUCAAUUGAAUGAGAACAAUCAACAAUGCGCUGCUGUUGCAAACUUGGAAUUUUAAAUGAUUCUAACUGUACCACAGCUGCAUAUUAAAUGGGUGUGACUUGAGUAACGUUAGUUUCUUCUCAUAUUCCUUAUCUGAUUUUUAAACAUGUCAGACGACCAAGGAAGACGAACUUGUACUAUCCAGAUACAAUCUUGCUGGGAAGAUUGCUUUUCUUGUUUGAGAAAGAAUCAUGCUGUACAUCCUGUGGAUACAAUAACACCGGAAUUUUCUGAAUUUGUGGAGAUAAACUCAAAAAUAAGACUGCGAUGUAUACAUAUCCUUCCAGACUCAUUAAGAAAAUCAAAAGUAUUGAAUUUCUAUAAUGAACAAGGAAGAAGUAAUCGAAGUUCAUUAUCGGAAGAGUACUGGUUUUCCAAAUGGAAUAAGCCCUACAAACCUCAAAGGGUUGGUAGCUGUAACUGUUCUUUCAGAAAAUCUCUGAGACUCUCUACAUUAUCUAGUCAAGAUAUGAUUAUUAUCGAUAAACCUCCAGUAGCAAGGGCAGCUCUACAAGAAAAGAUAGAUCCAAGACAAACAAACUUAGAAAUCUACGUUGAACGAUUACUGAAGAAUACAAUUCUUGAUGCAUUUCAGGAGUAUUACAUGAUGGAAUCUCUCAAAAAAAAUCAAACUGGUUUUGUCAAUUUAGCCUUUACGCUGAAUGAAGAUAGUACACAACAGGAGGAGCAGACUCAAAGAAUUGAGACUGAAAACUCAUAUAAUGUUGCAUUUAAAUUGGAGCACUCAAAAAAGGAGAAAAUUUCCACUCAAAAAGAUGAAGCAGAAGUGAACAAUACCGUAGAUUUCAGAAGAUGUAGACACAAUGAGAAAAUAAAGAAACCUAUGAUUUUUCUUUUUCAUGGCAUCGGAACAUCAGCUGAUAUAUGGUGGGUUGUGAUAAAAAGCUUAGUCAAUAGUGGAUACGAAGUUGUAGCUCCAGAUAUGUUAGGCCAUGGCUACAGCUCUGCUCCAGAUAAAAAAGAGUUUUAUGCAUUCCAAAAUCUACUAUUACAUGCCCUCACGAUAUUUGAUAACUAUGCAAAUUCUGCAGAAAACAGAAAAUACAUACUUAUUGGACAUUCUUAUGGAUGUAGCUUGGUAACUGCUCUGUAUCAUCACAGAGCUUCAUUUAUAUCUAAAAUGAUACUGAUAAGCGGAGGAGGACCGACACCAUUAGCACCACCUGUCAAAGAAGAUGAAUUAACACAUUCAGAAUGCUUCCAAGCUUUGAUUGAACCUCUUAUUUGUUGCGGUGUCAACAGGAGCAUAUUUUAUCCACCCAGGGGUAAAUUUUUCGAUAUUUGCGAAGGAUAUGAAGGAGCUCCAAGCCAUAUAUUAAAAUUCAUUCGAAUGGGUCAGAGUUGGCCUGGCGGGGAUGCAGCAUUCCAUAGAAGGAUAUUUGUUCCAACUUUAUUAGUACAUGGGCUCCUAGACAAAUUGGUGACUUUAGUUCAGGAGUGUGAAAUGGAAAGAACUAUACCUAGAUCUUUCCUGGAAUUGAUACCAACUGCUGGUCACAUGCCCAUGAUUGAGACACCAGACCAGUUGACUCAUAUGAUUCUUUGUUUCUUCGAUUGUUGGCCUUGAGGUUGAUUUUAAUAUAAAAUAUUUUAUGACUGAACAUUUUUAUAUCGUAUUAUCUCACUUAGAUAGUAAAUGAAUAGUAUUACGAAUCAUUCAUAUGUACUCAUGAAUAUUUUUGUAACUUAUUGUCAUUAUAUCAUGUCCAGUAACUUGUGAAGUUGUGAUGUUGAUAUGAAUGUUGAAAAUUUUAUUGGAUAAUGCACUUUUACAUUCCCCAACAUUGCCACCAAAUCAUAUUUUAUUCUGAUAUUUAAAUACUUUAUGCGAAGCACAAAAAACAUUCGUAAGACUGUGAUAAGAUCAUUGAGAAAAUAAUAAUCUUAAGUACAAAAUGUCAAAUACGUAUUAUUUUGUGAGUUCCACUAAAGAACUGAAAAAUUUUGAUAUGCUGUGAAUUUAUAAAUGUAUUAAAAGAAGAUCUGAAUUUUUCAAUACUUAUAUUGUUACAUGUUUAAUAUUUACUGAUAUUCUUUUAAAGAGUAAUAUCAAUAAAUUAUUUGAUUAGUGAGUAA